GCUAAGCCUUCAGAAGACGGAAUUGAGCUGAAUAGAAAAGAUCAACUAUAUUCAGUCUGCCAGUCCGACAAGAAGCCAUCAGAGUGUCAGAAUAUGAACAAUUUUCAACCAUGUACUAUUGAAUCUACAGGUCAAGAUGAAGCAUCACAUCUUCCUGAGUAUGCAAGUGACACUUUAUACUUAGAAGAUGAGGAGAACCGGAGUCUCACGCCUCGUGAGAUGAUGAAAAUAAAAAAGCAGAUCCAAGCGGACGCAAGAGCUCGGGAGAUUCGCGAUGCUACUGAAGAAUCAAGAUUAAACAAAGAGAUCGCGAGACGUCGGAAACAAGAGGCCUUCAUACCCUCUACUGUAGGUUUUGCGAUGAUUUCCUUAAAGGCCUAA